AAAAACUCGCCCCACUUUUUCAUCCAAUCAGAAGUUAUAGCCAGACAAAUUGUGACUCGCUCGCACACGUUUUCUCGCACUUCACGUCAGCUGCAUGUAUUUACCUUCCAGUUUUGAUUGGUUUACUGUAUUGUCUGUGUUCUUUGUGAUUGGCUAGAGUGAUAACAUUGGUUUUGGUAAUAUGCAUAGAAGAUAUUAAAGGGGCAGUGCCCCGAGGAUUUUGACCUUUGUUGGUCAAAACUGUGUACAAUACCUUUAAUUUAUUUGCAAAAUAAUUCUAUAACACAGAGAGCAAAAACCAACUAAAUUCUACAAGGAGGAACAAAUCAAGAACUAUUCUAGUGCAUCUUGGAAACAAAACUUUUCGAAACUUUAAGGUGGCUCUGAACCCCAUGUGCAAAAUAUUUUAAAACUUUUUAAAAGUUGCAACUUAUCCUGCUUAUCAAAAUUCGACAAUAAAAAAGUGGGUUUCAUCGUAUCGUUUUGGAAAUAUAAGAACUUAAAGCUAAAAUUAAAGGUUUUUUUAAGCAGGUUAUACUGUUCCUGUUAUGUCACGAAAAUGAUACCAACGUGUUCCCCAGUUAUUGCGCGGUUUUUAAAAACCAUAAUUGCAGCAUCACCUAAUGAAAAGUGGUUAUUAUGACCCAGCAAAUUCUAAGUCUUGAAAAGUGCUAGAAACUGUUGUGAGCCACUUGGUUAUGUUUCAUCCUUUUUUUAGAGCCUAUAGUUGAAAUAAAAGCAUCCUCCAAGAUAUCGGUGGCCUCUUGGUACGAAGGAACGCCCAUCCCGAUGAUUUGUAUAGAGCGGGAGCACAGCGAUUUUGAACAGCUUCAGUCACAAUUGCGUUUAGCUAUGGGUGUGCCUGUAGAACCGACCAUUUCAGUAAUUUACAACAACUUACGAUAUGAUGACAACACACACAUCGUGACAUUCCAUCUGCGUGAAAAAGACUGGGAUGAGCUGAAGUCAACUUCCCGGAUGUGGAUCUCGUCAACAGCUGAUGAUCUCUUGAUCUUGUUUAAUAACUUGCUUCAAGUCAUAAAUCGUGAACCAGUUCCACUCGGAGACGAGAUCGUUAAAAGUGUUCAAGUGGUUGAUCCACUGGAGACAUUUGGUUUGUUCUCGGUACAAAACUUCACCGUAAAUGAAUCCAGUGAAAAUUGCCAAGUACUUAAGGUACUAAAAGUAGAGGAGAACACAUUCUCAUACUACGCAGAACUUGAAAUACUGGACUCGGUAAUCUGCAAAGCGAAAGCGAUGAAGAUUACUUUCCAUCCAGAGAAAUGCCCAACCGAAGUCCAAAUAGACUUUGAGGAUGCUAAAGGAGACCCUUUGCACAUGUACUUUUCAUGUUCUGUCGAUGUAAAGUCUUCAAAGUUCCAGAUUUCAAACACGCGCGGAAGCGUACUUUGUCACAUCCCCAAGAGAGAAGAUGGAACAGUAGGAGAGCUUGUGAUACGGAACCCGGGACCAGUUCCCUUCCAUGCGUUGCCUUUAUGGGACUCUAAACUGGACGACUUGAGAGUAUGCGGUAGAAUGUUUUGUACCAAGCUUGAUUUAAAGUUGAAGGAACAAAGGAAAAGUGGUUCGCCAUUUUUUAACCUGAGAGAAACCAUUUCCAUGAUUUUACGCAACCAUAUAACAGAGCCCGAGACACCGAUGAUACAGUGUGUUGAGGAGAGAGGAAUCAUCGAAGAACCAUAUCAGACACCGGACGACAUAGUGCGCAAGAAAGGAUUCAUUAUCUUAGUACAGAACGUGUACAAAUGGAAGAAUUUGCCCGUCGCUAAAGUUGUUUUCAGUGAUUGUCAACGGUAUGCUGCCAUGCUUCGCAAUAAUCCAACAGACUCACGAUUAUUGGAAGCCUACUUCAACCGUACGGUUCUACAUUUGGUACAAAGAAUUCCCGCUGAUCAACAGGAACAGAGCUUGUUUCGAAAAAUGCUGUACACAAAUGCAGCUAGAGUCGCCCAAAGUGGAUCUGAUGUCUGGACAGAUUCCUUCAUAACCCUGUUAUUUCCAAGAGAAAGCACUCUUGAUCUCUUCAGUGAUGUUCAAGAAACAGCAGGCGAGAGGAAAUUUAAAACCAAAGGUUUUCCACGGAAUCCAUUACCUUCUUCAGAAACGUCUAGUUACUCUGAUGAAGCUCUUCCUGAAGACAGCUUCUCUGAGUGCUCUGCAGACGUAAUUGACCCUCCUCAAUGCACCCCUCCUCUCGGAGACCCGGAGUGCGCGUUUUGCCAUUCAAAGACUGGGACCUUAAAAAGAUGCCUCGGUUGCAAAGAAGUCUCCUAUUGCAAUACGAAAUGUCAGAAACGUCACUGGAAGAAGCACAAACCAGAUUGUCAAAAUAGCGGCUAGGAAUCUUUCUAGACUCAUUCGCGGCCUUGUUACUCACGCGAAAUUCAAACAACUGAACGCUUAUUUCGUUCUUGAUUGUGUAUGUAUCACGAAAAUGCAAUAAUUGUUCAGCUAUGUUUCGCCAGUCAAUCUCACUACAAAAUUUCGAUUAUUUUUAAUGCUUGUUCUCUCUAUGUGUGUUAACGAUUGCGAAACUUCUCAGUAGAGCUUCUAAUGAACGGGGAAAUUUAAUAAUUCACUUUAGUAGAAUUCUACUAGUAAUGUUAUGCAAAUGCUGCAAUCUGAUUGCCUGAGCUACUCGUAUACUAUCAGCCAUCAGAGUGCAGUGGAUGUCGACCGUCCACAAAAUGCGAAGUUUUUAUCGUUUUUCCGAAGUUUUGGAAGAAAGUUUAGAUGUAAAUGGAUAAUUAAAUUCCUGAGAAGAC